CGCCUCCGGGGCCUCGGGCCCCGCUCCCCGUGUGAGGCGGGAGCAGCGAGGCCGGCGUGGAUGGUGCGAGGGGCGGGCGCGGAGGGAGUUUGAAGUUGGGGGUUUCCGCCGAGUCCGCCCCUCGCCGUUCCCGAGCGCAGCGGGGGAGGAAUGCCAAACCCGGAGAGACAUGGGGGCAAGAAGGACGGCGGCGGGGCGUGCUCGCAGCCGGGCGGCGGCAGCUCCAACAGCAAGGAGAGGCACCGGGCGGGCUCCAGGCACAAGAGGCACAAGUCCAGGCACUCCAAGGAGUCCCCGCUGGCGGCCCAGGAAGCGGCGGCGCCCCUGGGAGCGGUGAUCAAGCCGCUGGUGGAGUACGAUGACAUCAGCUCGGACUCGGACACCUUCUCGGACGAUGUGGGCCUCAAGCUGGACAGGCGGGACAACGACGAGAGGAGGGCGGAGAGGAGCGAGAGGGCCCAGAAGCACCGGCACCAUCAGCACAAGCGGCUCCGGGAGCUGAUGAAGAGCAAACAGGCGGAGAAGGACAGGAAGUUGGAAAAGAGCCUGGAUGCUUCCAGCAGGUCCGCCAAGGAGAGGAUAUCGGGAUCCUCCAAGAGGCUCCUGGAGAGCGAGGAGCACCCCAAGGCGCUCUCCUCCUCCAAGAGCAGCAACAAGGAAUCGCGCUCGGCCAAGGCGCACAAGGAGAAAUCCAGGAAGGAGCGGGAGCUCAAGUCCAGCCACAAAGAGCGCAGCAAAAGCCAUCGCAAAAGGGAUGCUCCCAAAAGUUACAAAACCAUCGACAGCCCCAAGAGGAAAUCCAGGAGCCCUCACAGGAAAUGGUCGGACAGCCCAAAACUGGACGACAGCCCUUCGGGAGCUUCCUACGUGCAGGAAUACGACCUCAGCCCGCCCCGCUCGCACACCUCCAGCACCUACGAUCCCUACAGGAAAAGCCCCGGCGGAUCCUCACGCCGCCAGUCCCUCAGCCCGCCCUACAAGGAGCCCGUGGGUUACCAGUCCAACGCCCGCUCGCCCAGCCCUUACAGCCGGCGGCAGCGAUCCGUGAGCCCCUACGGCCGGAGGCGUUCGUCCAGCUACGAGCGGGGCAGCGGCUCCUACAGCGGGAGGUCCCCGAGCCCCUACGGGCGCCGCCGCUCCAGCAGCCCCUUCGCCUCCAAGCGCUCGGUCAGCCGGAGCCCCAUCGCCAGGAAAUCGGUGAAAUCCCGGAGCCGCAGUCCUGGCUACUCGAGACACUCAUCUCACAGCAAGAAGCAGAGGUCUGGCUCCCGCAGUCGCCAUUCCAGCAUCUCCCCAAGCAGGCUCCCGCUCAACUCCAGCCUCGGAGCGGAGCUCAGCAGGAAGAAGAAGGAGCGAGCGGCCGCGGCAGCCGCUGCGGCCAAGGUGGACGGCAAGGAGGCGAAAGGCUCCCCUGUUUUCCUGGCUAGGAAGGAGAACAGCUUGGCUGAACUAAAGGAGGCUGGGGCGGAGUCUAAAAAAGUCACCAAAACUGUUAAAUCUGAGAAAGCUCUGGACACGGACUCGGUUCAUUUGCUGUCCACCAACGCAGAACCUAAAGCCCCUGCGGAGACAACGAAAUCCAAGGCGGAGGAGAACUCGGAGAGGAAACAUCCUGUUCCACUUAGGGAUUCCAAACCCACGGGAACAAAAGACUCGAAGCCUGUAGCAGUGGUAGAGGACCUGGUAUCUCCAAAGGAGACAGACACAGCAGAGAAGGAGAUUCCACCCCCCCUCCCCACCAUCAAAUCCCCUCCUCCACCUCUGCCCACCACCACCCCUCCGCCUCCCACGCCGCCGCUGCCGCCGCUGCCUCCGUCUCCCGCUGUCCCUCCUUUGCCUCCAGCCCCAGUGACUCCUGUUCAGGUCCCUCCUGCAGCCCCAACGUCUUUGCCAUCUUCUUCCUCCCACCCAAGGACGUCUACUUUAUCCUCUCAGGUGAACUCCCAGUCCUCUGUCCAGGUGGCUACAAAAACCCAAGUGUCUGUGACGGCUGCUAUCCCACACCUGAAAACUUCCACCUUGCCUCCGCUUCCGCUCCCCCCUAUUUUAGUUGGGGAAGAUGACUUGGAUAGUCCAAAAGAGAUUCUUCCUCCAAAACCUGUGAAGAAAGACAGAGAGCAGAGACCACGACACUUACUCACGGACCUCCCGCUCCCCCCAGAGCUCCCUGGGGGGGACCCAUCUCCUCCCGACUCCCCAGAACCAAAGGCAGCCACACCACCUCAGCAACCCUUCAAAAAGAGACCAAAAAUCUGUUGUCCUCGCUACGGGGAGAGGAGGCAGACGGAGAGCGACUGGGGCAAGCGCUGCGUGGACAAGUUCGACAUCAUCGGGAUAAUCGGAGAAGGGACCUACGGGCAGGUGUACAAAGCCAAGGACAAGGACACAGGUGAGCUGGUGGCUCUGAAGAAGGUGCGCCUGGACAACGAGAAGGAAGGAUUCCCCAUCACGGCCAUCCGCGAGAUCAAAAUCCUGCGGCAGCUCAUCCACCGCAGCGUGGUCAACAUGAAGGAGAUCGUCACGGACAAACAAGAUGCACUGGAUUUCAAGAAGGACAAAGGUGCCUUUUACCUUGUGUUUGAGUACAUGGACCAUGACCUAAUGGGGCUGCUAGAAUCUGGCUUGGUACAUUUCUCAGAGGACCAUAUCAAGUCUUUCAUGAAACAGUUAAUGGAGGGUCUGGAUUACUGUCACAAAAAGAAUUUCCUUCAUCGAGACAUCAAGUGCUCCAACAUCUUACUGAACAACAGUGGGCAGAUCAAACUUGCAGAUUUUGGGCUCGCCCGACUCUACAGCUCGGAGGAGAGCCGUCCCUACACCAACAAAGUCAUCACGCUGUGGUACCGACCCCCAGAACUGCUGCUCGGGGAGGAGCGUUACACCCCUGCCAUCGACGUGUGGAGCUGUGGCUGUAUCCUCGGGGAACUGUUUACAAAGAAGCCUAUUUUUCAAGCCAAUCUGGAGCUGGCUCAGCUUGAAUUAAUCAGCCGGCUCUGUGGGAGCCCCUGCCCAGCCGUGUGGCCAGAUGUCAUCAAGCUGCCCUACUUCAACACUAUGAAGCCCAAGAAGCAAUACCGGCGGCGCCUGCGCGAGGAGUUCUCCUUCAUUCCCUCCUCUGCCCUGGACCUGCUGGACCACAUGCUGACGCUGGACCCUGGCAAGCGCUGCACAGCAGAGCAGGCCCUGCACAGUGACUUCCUGAAGGACGUUGACCUCAGCAAAAUGGCACCUCCAGACCUCCCCCACUGGCAGGAUUGCCACGAGCUGUGGAGCAAGAAGCGCCGGCGGCAGCGGCAGAGCGGGGUGGCCGUGGAGGAGCCUCCGGUAUCAAAAGUUUCUCGGAAAGAAACUACCUCUGUUACAAGCACAGACACUGUGAAAAACAACAGCAGUCCUGUGCCCCCCCAGCCUGCCCAGCUCAAAGCAGAGCCUGGUGCUGCAGAUGCAGUAGGCCUGGGCGACAUCACGCAGCAGCUGAACCAGAGCGAGCUGGCCGUGCUGCUGAACCUGCUGCAGAGCCAGACCGACCUGAGCGUGCCGCAGAUGGCCCAGCUGCUCAACGUCCACUCCAACCCCGAGAUGCAGCAGCAGCUGGAGGCUCUCAACCAGUCCAUCACGGCCCUGACCGAGGCCACGGCGCAGCACCACGAGCCCGCGGCGGCGGCGGAGGAAGCCAUAGAGGAGCCGCCUGCGGAGGUGCCCGAGGAGCAGCAGACCCCGGAGGCAGCCGGCGCUCAGGGAGACAUGCAGAACGUGCUGGCCGUUCUGCUGAGCCAGCUGAUGAAGAGCCAGGAGCCUGGGAUAACCCUGGAGGAGAGCAACGGGGAGAAGAGCGGCGAGCAGAGGGGGCCCAGGAAAAGCCCGGCGAGGCAUCCCGAGGAGAGCACAGCGUGUCCUCCUGGCAUUGUCCCACCAGAGAAGAGACCCCCCGAGCCCCCCGGACCGCCGCCUGCUCCUGCUGCCGUGGCCGAAGCGGAUCUCUGCGGAGCAGCGCAGGAGCUGAACCCGGCCGUGACGGCUGCGCUGCUGCAGCUCCUUGCCCAGCCCGAGCCGGAGCCGCCGGGCCCCGACUACGCCAGGACUUACAGCGCCGACGGCUCCGAGGAGCUCAACCCGGGCCAGACCCUUCUAGAACCUUCCGCCCAAGCCCUGGGGAAGAGCAGGACCUUCUUGGGCUCCGUGAGCCACCUCGGGGAGAGCAGCAGCUACCAGGGCACGGGCUCGCUGCAGUUCCCGGGGGACCAGGACCUGCGCUUCGCCAGAGUCCCCGUCAGCAUCCACGCGCUGCAAUCCUUCGGCAAAUCCGAGGGGAGCAACAGCAACGCGCUGCUGCAUCCAGAGGCCAAAAUGCAGAAUUACGGCGAGCUGGGGCCGGGAACAGCCGCUCCCGGUGGGGCAGGAACGGGUCCCAGCUGGGGUGCCCCAACCCAGGCGCCGGCUUCCUACGGGAAGACAUUCCGAGGGCCUGGCCGAGUGCCUCCACGGGGUGGCCGGGGCCGGGGGGUUCCCUACUGAGAUUCCUGGGAUCCCCCCCCUUGCCUCUCCUCCUUUAGCCACAGGACUUGAUAUUCUUUUUUUUUUUUAAUUUGAAUUUUUUUAAUUUUUUUUUUGUUUUGUUUUGGCCAGAGCAAGGUCUCGUCCGCAUUUCAGCUGCUGCAGAGCUGCCUGGGCAUCCCUCCCUCCCUCGCUCGGGAGCUGCCAGAGGGUCCCCGCUGGCCUCCCCUGCUUGGUUAGUGACAAAAAUAAUCCCAACCCCGCAGCAAACUGAGCCAGGAGAGGAGGGGAUUGAUGGAAAAGUAGGAAUGGGAGGAAGAAGCAAUUUUUAAAAUGUUGUUUCCCCAAGCUGGGCGCUGGAGUUUGCUGAUGGGUCAGGGAGGCCUGGGGGGAGGCUGCUUCCCAAAGCGGUUUUAUUUUCGUUGUUGUCGUUUUGUUUGUUUGCUUUCCCCAUUUCCUUAAGAAAAAAAAAUGAAAGAACAAAUGAAAAGGGGAAUUUAUGGAUGCAGAAGCACCUGGAUGGGUUAUCCCAGCGGUGGGGACCUGGGAUGUGACACUGGUUGUGUUCAGUUUAUUUGAUGUUGCUUUCUUUCCAUAAAACAUCUGGAUUUCCCUCUGCUCCAGGGCCAAUCCUGUCCCCUGUGACAGCAGCCUUAGUACAUUGAUUUUUGGGAAGGGUCUCUGGGUGUUGGAUCCCUCCUGCUGUAACUUGGCAGUGGAAUAGUCUUUUUUGUUGUUGUUGUCGUUUUUUUUGUCUUUUUAAAUUUUUUUUUAAGAGCCGAGGAGAACACCUCCCUGAAAACCAGGGAUUUCUGUUGUUUGUAACUUUCAGAACCCUUCAAGAAUUAAAAAAAAAAAAAAAAGGGAAAUGAAAAUCCCAACAUCUGGCGGGGUUUGCCAGCAGAUGGGAGUGAUUUGUCCCCGGAAUCCUGGGCCGGUGCUGCCCACCCUGCCGAGGUCGGUGCCAUCUCAGCCCUCUGAGCUUUUCCAGGUGUUCCUGUGUCAUUUCCAUCAGCAUAUUUCUAUUUUUGUUGUUGUCAAGGAAGGAUUUACGAUGGGUUUUCUCCUCCCACAGACCCUUGCGCUGUUCAUUUCAAUGAGACUUAAAAAGAGAUGAAUAAAACAAAGGUACCUAUUUAUCAGCUUUUUUUUUAUUUUUCCCCCGAGUAGGCCUUUCCUAUGGAAAACAUUUAAUUUUAGAGCCGACAGUUCUCGAGUGUUAAAGGGGAAGGGAAUUUUGGGGUGGGCUGAGAGACCUUCUUGCUACUAACAGGAUUUAAUUUCUUUUUUAUACAGAGAGAUAAAUUUAAAUAAAUGCACCUGAAUAGGUGAUGCUUCUCCACCUGGGGAGAUCCUGCCUUACCCAGCUUUGCCGUGGGAGGAAGGAAGGGAGAGAAAUUAAAUAUAUAGAUAUAUUUUUUAUUUUUAUUUGCUGGUGAUAUGCAAGGACCGGCAUCUCCCAGCACUGAGGAGCGAUGCUGUUUGCAGAAUUCCCACUGGAAAUUUGUAGGAUUUGGGAUUUUAAUUUUUUUUUUUGUUGGUUUGAUGAUUUUUUUUUUAAACUUAGUUUAUACCUGAUGUGCAGAGAGAAAAAAAGAGAAGUUCUGUGAGACACAGAGUGCACUGAACCCACCGAGGGGCUUUAGGGGGGGUUAAUUUCUCUAUUUUCUCCUGGCACCAGCUCCAGGCUGCCAUGGAGCUGCUGCUGUUCCUUUUCUUCCCAACCCCAUCCUUUUUGGAAGGAAAAGUCUCAUUCCUUUGCUAAAUCCUCUUAGGAAACCGAUGCCUAUUUAUUGUCUCUCCAAACUGGCACAUUCCCAGGAAAUCUGCUGGGAAUGAGCUGGGAAUGGUCCUGCACCUCCUCAUGCCUGUCCCGGCCUUGGGGCCCCAGUUUGGGGUGGUUAGGGGGCGAUAAAUCCCAGUUUGGGGGUCGAUAAAUCCCAGUUUGGGGGUGGACAGUCCCAGUUCAGGGGUCAAUAAAUCCCAGUUUAGAGGUCAAUAAAUCCCAGUUUAGGGGUCAGCAGUCCCGGUUUGGGGUCGGCAGUCCCAGUUUGGGGUCGGCAGUCCCAGUGCAGGGGUCAGUAAAUCCCAGUUCGGGGGUCAAUAAAUCCCAGUCUGGGGGUCGGCAGUCCCAGUUUGGGGGUCAGCAGUCCCAGUUUGGGGGUCGGCAGUCCCAGUUUGGGGUUGGAAAUCCCAGUUUAGGGGUCAGCAGUCCCAGUCUGGGGGUCAGCAGUCCCAUUUCAGGGUGGCCUUUCCCAGCUGGGUCUCCCCAGAUCUCUGGCCCAGCUCGUGUCCCCUGUCCCAGCCCCGCUGGACAUUCCAGGCCUGUCCCCAGGGCCCCUCGGGGCUCCUGUGGGAGGUGAUUCUGCCAUUCCCUCCUCUCAGCCCCCUGCUCUCAUUCCACUCCCAGUAGCUUUUCCUAACUGGUCCCAGCACGGCCUUUCCAUCCCUGCCGGAGCCGCGGGACCCUGCGGGGUCUGGGGAGAAAGAACCAGGUCCUGGGGGGCUGUGGGGCCACUCCUGCCUUCCAUCACCUCUUUUUCUUUUAUUCCCCCCUCAUCCUUUUAUUUUUUUUUAUUAAUUUUAGCUUUUUUCCGACGCUCUGCACAAGGAAGACAAAAGGAUUCGCGGUGUUGGGUGGGAUUUGUGCGUUGGGAAGGAUUUAAGCUGGUUACAAGGGUUGAGGGCAGCUCCCCCCUCCUUCCCCCCAUCCUGGCUCUGGGUUCAAUCCCAAAUUUUCCCACUGUAGCAAUUCCCAGCAGAGAAGCCUCUGGUCAGACUUUCACUGUACCUCUCCCGAGUUUCCUCUGGAGACCGAGCGCGCCUUUUUUCGGUUGUACCUUUGUCUCUGUACAGAUAUUUUGUAAUAUAUUAAAAUUUUUUUCUUUUCAGUUUAUAAAAAUGGAGAAGUGGAGAUCGGAAAAUUAAAUAUUUCCUGUUACUGUA